CUGCACUACGGGACCCUCCUGGGCAGCAGAGCUUGUGUCCACAUGGCAGCAGCUGCCUGGGGCUUUGUUUUCCUCUACGCUGUGCUGCACACGGCCAAUACAUUUUCACUACCACUCUGCCAGGGCAAUGCCCUGGACCAGUUCUUCUGUGAAAUCCCCCAGAUCCUCAAGCUCUCCUGCUCAGACUCCUACCUCAGGGAAGUUGGGCUUCUUGUGGUCAGUGCCUGUUUAGGCUUUGGUUGUUUUGUUUUCAUCGUGCUGUCCUAUGUGCAGAUCUUCAGGGCCGUGCUGAGGAUCCCCUCUGAGCAGGGACGGCACAAAGCCUUCUCCACGUGCCUCCCUCACCUGGCCGUGGUCUCCCUGUUUCUCAGCACCGGCGCAUUUGCCUACCUGAAGCCCCCCUCCACCUCCUCCCCAGUUCUCGACCUAGUGGUGGCAGUUCUGUACUCGGUGGUGCCUCCAGCAGUGAACCCCCUCAUCUACAGCAUGAGGAGCCGGGAGCUCAAGGAGGCCAUUAAGAAAGUGUUUUCAUGGAUUUUUUUCAAAAGUUAG